AUGGGACUCAAAUCUGCCUUCCUCUCACUCCUCACAUUCGUGCCACUCAUUGCGGCAGCUCCCAGCCUGUCGUCGUCGCCAUCAUUGUCCAAGCGAUGUGUGAACUCUCCUGAUGCGCGUAACUGCUGGGGAGAUUUUGACAUCUCCACCAACUACUACGACGAGGUCCCUGACACCGGAGUUACCCGUGAAUACUGGUUCAACAUUGUCAAUACUACCGCUGCUCCUGACGGGGUGGAGAGAAUAGUCUUGGCGGUCAAUGGAACAAUUCCGGGGCCAACCAUCAUCGCUGAUUGGGGUGACACGGUCGUUGUGCAUGUGACCAACUCUAUGCAAGACAAUGGCACCUCCAUCCACUUUCACGGAAUCCGCCAGAAUCACACAAACCAGAAUGACGGCGUUGCUGCCAUCACCCAGUGCCCUACUGCCCCUGGACAGACAACCACGUACAGGUGGAGAGCUACCCAGUACGGCUCCUCAUGGUGGCACUCGCACUUCUACGUCCAGGCUUGGGACGGUGUCUUUGGAGGCAUCAUCAUCAACGGCCCUGCUUCUGCCAACUAUGAUGUCGAUCUUGGAUCCAUGAUCUUGGCUGACUGGUCUCACGACACUGCGGAUAACCUGGCUCUCGUGUCUCGCGUCAGCGGUCCCCCAUCCAUGGACACCGGACUCAUCAAUGGCACCAACACCUUCACUCAGGACGACGGCACUGUCGUUGGAAAGCGUCACGAGACAGUCUUUACCGCUGGAACUCGGUACCGCAUCCGCCUGGUCAACGUUGCCGCCGACACUCACUUCAAAUUCACCAUUGACAACCACACCAUGGAGGUCAUCGCCAGCGACUUCGUUUCAGUCAACCCUUACUCGACUGAUGUCGUCAACAUCGCCAUCGGCCAGCGGUACGACAUCAUCGUGACUGCCAACGCCACCGCCGACAACUACUGGCUGCGGGCCAUCGCCCAGACAUCCUGCUCCAACAACGACAACCCGGGAGACAUCAAGGGCAUCAUCCGCUACGACGGCACCUCCACGGCAGACCCGACCUCCCACGCCAACGACAGCGCCGCAGUCGACGAGUGCAUCGACGAGACAAGCCUGGUCCCCAUCGUCAAGGUCGACGCCUCGGACCUCGCCGACGUCUCGACCGACUUCUCCGUCGCCGUCGCCGCCUCCGCGGGCCGCUUCUACUGGUCCAUGGGCAACAGCUCCUUCGUCAACCAGUGGAACUACCCCUCCCUGCUGCAGGUCAACGAGGGCAACAACACGUGGUCCGCAGAGCAGAACAUGUACCAGCUGCCAAACGCCAACGAGUGGGUCUACUGGAUCGUCCAGACCAGCCUGGGAGCCGCCCACCCGCUGCACCUGCACGGCCACGACUUCUGGGUCCUGGGCCAGGGCGUGGGCAAGUACGACGCCGCCACGGCAGGCCUCCAGACCGUCAACGUGCCGCGCCGCGACGUCGUGCUGCUGCCGGCCAGCGGAUGGGUCGCCUUUGCUUUCAUCACGGACAACCCUGGUGUCUGGCUCACCCACUGCCACAUCGCAUGGCACACCUCGGAGGGCCUCGCCGUCCAGAUGGUGGAGAGGCAGUCCGAGAUCGCGGGCCUCACCGACAGCACCGAGCUGAAUGACACGUGCGACGCCUGGAACGCCUACGCCACGACGGCCGGCCUCGUCCAGGACGACUCCGGCUUAUAG